AUGACUGUCAAUCCUCCCAUCCCAUCAGUGAAAGCUGGAGGCAAUGCUGUCUCCAAUAACUCGACUCCACCUUUGAAGUGCUUUGCCUUUCAGAACCCCACUGAGCAGGCUUGGUGGGAUAAGACGGGACCAUUACUGGCAAAAGUCCUGCAGUCCGCCCAGUACAGUGUUCAAGAUCAAUAUCUUUACAUGACGCUGUAUAGGACUGUGCUGAUUCCACGACUCGGCCCACACCCCCAUACCUGGGACUCGUUCAUCACAUAUUCUGGAAUUCCAGUGGAAUUCAGCAUCAACUUCCAGCAACAUGGGGCUCCAACAGCUCGGAUCGGAUGGGAGCCUGUGAGCCAGCAGUCCGGUUCGGCAGCAGACCCGAUCAAUCAUGACACUGUCAGACGGGCAAUCGACACAAUGUCCCAACUCAAUCUCAAGGGCUUCGACACCAAGUUCCUCCAUCAUAUGAUAGGAUCCCUCACUGCCACCCCGGAAGAAGCCGCCGAGGUUGGUCGCGAUCAAUUGUAUCUUACUAGGAUGAAGAACCAAGUGUCCUUCGGGCUUGAUCUCAAAGGCGGAGAAGUCUCUGUAAAGUGCUACUUGUAUCCGUCCCUGAAGUCGCACUUGACCGGCAAAUCUUUCAGACAAUUGUUGAACGACGCGGUCCAGUCUCUCGGCAAUGAGGUCUCGUACCCUGCUUUGGAUACUAUCCACGAAUAUCUGGAGGGUGCAGGGCUGUACAACCAGUAUUCCUUCAUCGGCAUUGAUUGUACUACCGCUUCCAAGUCUCGACUCAAAGUUUAUAACACAAUUCAAGAUGUGACAUGGUCCAAGCUACGAGACAUAUGGACUCUGGGCGGUCGCUUUGAAUCCCAUGCCACCACUCAGCGAGGGAUGCAGUUCAUCCAACAAUUCUGGAAGCUUCUCACUUCGGAUCAGGACAAAAUGGGUGUUGGAAUCUGGAGCUACGAACUGGCGCCCGGAAGUACCGACUUCCCCAACCCCAAGUAUUAUUUUAUUAUGCACGGCAUGAAUGAUAUGGAAAAUGCUCAGGCGAUUGUCAAGUUCUACGAUUCCCUUGGAUGGCAUGACUUGGCUGCAAGCUACAUCGAUUCAGUCAAAGGAUACUUCCCGAACUUUGAAUCUGGGGAGACGUCGAACUUGAUACAAUAUGUCUCAAUGGCGUAUUCGGAGAAGACAGGCAUGUAUCUGAGUGUUUAUUACCACAGUUCCCUCUAG